GAGAGCUGUGAGUGGCACGUGAUCCUGUGAACCUCAGGCUGCUCACCAGGGAAGGGCCCUACCACAAAGGGCAAAGAGAAAGCCAGGGUCGGUAGUGUUUGAAGAGAAGAUCAUGUUCUGUCUGAAGACACUUCCAUUUCUGCUCUUACUCCAUGUGCAGAUUUCCAAGGCCUUCCCUGUAUCUUCUAAGGAGAAAGAUACAAAAAUUGUUCAGGACUACCUGGAAAAGUUCUACCAAUUACCAAGCAACCAGUAUCAGUCUAUAAGGAAGAACAGCAUUAAUAUGAUUGUUGAAAAGCUUAAAGAAAUGCAGCAAUUUUUUGGGUUGAAUGUGACGGGGAAGCCAAAUGCGGAAACUCUGGAGAUGAUGAAACAGCCUCGCUGUGGAGUGCCUGACAGUGGUGAUUUUAUGAUAACCCCAGGAAACCCCAAGUGGGAACAAACUAACUUGACCUACAGGAUUAUAAACUAUACCCCACAGCUAUCAGAGACUGAGGUAGAAACAGCUAUUGGGGAUGCCUUUAAAGUCUGGAGUGAUGUAUCACCUCUCACCUUCACCAGGAUCUCACAGGGAGAGGCAGAUAUCAACAUUGCUUUUUACCAAAGAGAUCAUGGUGACAAUUCUCCAUUUGAUGGACCCAAUGGAAUCCUUGCGCAUGCCUUUCAGCCAGGCCAAGGUAUUGGAGGAGAUGCUCAUUUUGAUGCAGAAGAAACCUGGACCAAUACCCCCGAAAAUUACAACUUGUUUCUUGUUGCUGCUCAUGAAUUUGGUCAUUCUUUGGGGCUCUCUCACUCCUCUGACCCUGGUGCCUUGAUGUAUCCCAACUACGCUUUCAGGGAACCCAGCACCUACUCACUCCCUCAGGAUGACAUCAAUGGCAUUCAGGCCAUCUAUGGACCUUCAAGCAAUCCUAUCCAACCUACUGGACCAAGCACACCCAGACCCUGUGACCCCAGCUUGACAUUUGAUGCUAUCACCACACUCCGUGGAGAAAUAUUUUUCUUUAAAGACAAGUACUUCUGGAGAAGGCAUCCUCAGCUACAAAGAGUCGAAAUGAAUUUUAUUUCUCUAUUCUGGCCAUCCCUUCCAACUGGUAUACAGGCUGCUUAUGAGGAUUUUGACAGGGAUCUUGUUUUCCUAUUUAAAGGCAACCAAUACUGGGCUCUGAGUGGCUAUGAUAUUCAGCAAGGUUAUCCCAGGGAUAUAUCAAACUAUGGCUUCCCCAGCAGUGUCCAAGCAAUUGAUGCAGCUGUCUUCUACAGAAGUAAAACAUACUUCUUUGUAAAUGACCAAUUCUGGAGAUAUGAUAACCAAAGACAACUCAUGGAACCAGGUUAUCCCCAAAGAAUAUCAGAUAUCUUUCCAGGAAUAGAAAGGAAAGUUGACGCAGUUUUCCAGCAAGAACACUUCUUCCUUUUCUUCAGUGGACCAAUAUAUUAUGCAUUUGAUCUUAGUGCUCAGAGAGUUACCAGAGUUGCUAGAGGCAAUAAAUGGCUUAACUGCAGAUAAAGUUGAAGCAAAAUCAAAUAUGGUUGUAUCCAUUUUCAGAAUGUGGAAGGGAAGUUUAGUAUGCAUAUUCAUUACAUUGUGUCCUAUUUAUACUUUUCUCACUAUUAAGUCAUUGUUUGCCAUCACUGUAUCCAUUCUGCCUGUUCUCAGUAAAAUAUGUUUGGAAUAUUCCACUGUUUGCAGAGGCUUAAUCAGUUCUUAUAUAUUCCACCUUAAAUUAGUGAAUCCAUCAAAGAGAAGGAAA